UCCGGAUGACGUCAGCGCUGGUUGAAGGGUGGAGAGACGAGAGACGAGAGCCGCAGGUGGGACGUGAAACCGGCCGCUUCUCGCCUGUUAACGUUACUUUUACCGACGAUCUUAUCCGCAGUGGAGUGCGCGAGUCGUGCUUUUCGACGACAUGGGGAAGCUUCAGGAAUUUGAAAUUACUUUUACAAAUAGCAAAGUGGUUUACAAUCCCGGUGAAUCGAUAUCUGGAACUGUGAGAGUUAAAACAAACCACGCCUUACAGUUUAAAGCCAUCAAGGUGAACUGUGUUGGCUCGUGCGGGAUCUCCUCCAAACUGAACGAUGCCUCGUGGAUGCUGGAGGAACGAUACUUGAGCAGCACGCUGUCUGUAGCCGACAAAGGUACUCUGCCAGCUGGUGAGCACAGCUUUCCCUUUCAGUUUCUAAUUCCAGCAUCCGUUCCGACAUCCUUUGAAGGCCCGUUUGGUAAAAUUUGUUACAAAAUUAGGGCUUUUAUUGACACGCCACGCUUCUCAAAGGAUUACAAGACCCAACGGCUCUUCUACCUUCUCAAUGUGCUUAACCUCAAUGAGUUGCCAGAUAUCGAGCAACCCAGCUGUGCUGUGACAACAAAAAAGUUUAACUACCUCCUAGUUAAAACGGGCACGCUCAUGCUAAAAGCGUGCAGCGAUUUGAGAGGAUACACUCCGGGCCAGAUCAUCAAACUCUCCACUGAGAUCCACAACAAGUCUGGGAAAGACACCGGAUGUGUGCUGGCUAGCCUUAUACAGAGAGUGAUGUAUAAAACAAAGCGAACUGUAUUUGACCUGCGACCUAUAGCGGAGGUGGAGGGUGCUGGGGUCAAGGCGGGCAAACAUGCAGAGUGGAGAGAACAGAUCAUCGUCCCGCCCCUUCCACAGUCAGGCCUCACCGGAUGCAGCCUCAUAGACAUUGAAUAUUUUAUCCAGGUUUCUCUAAAAUCUCCUGAGGCCUUGGUCACUUUACCCAUCUACAUCGGGAACAUCGCUGUAAACUUGACUCCCUCCAUUCCGCCCCUACACCCCGUCACUCACGGCGCUCCAAUGCCCGCCCCGCUGAGCCUCGGCCCCGUGUCUGUGGUCCCCAGUGCCCCACCUGUGGAAGAUGACCUGGAGGGUGAGCUGGGGGCCGGGGGAGUAGCCAGCGAAGAGAUCCCCACCAAAAGUCAUUCCCAGCAGGAUCAGUCUGGCGUGCCUUUCACCAUGUCUCCCAGCGUGUUUGGUCACGCGUCCGGCCCGGCCCCGCUGCAGAACCAACAGCACGCCCAGUCUUCAGAUGGUUCAGCACCGCUGUUCUGUGUGUCCACGGGGGCCACCAUACCUUUCUUUACAGAUGGCAACACAGCACCGGUUCCUACUUCCUGUCCACUAAUUUUGCCCCCAGAAUAUAGCACUUGGGAAUAUCCACAUGAGCCACCCCCCACUUAUGAGGAAAGCUGCAGUAGCAACAAUUCAAGCUUUAACAGUAGCACGAGGUAGACCGAUCAGGUCUCAUUUCUCCAGCCAUUUAUUUAAAUCCAGUACUGCCCCCUGCUGGACAGUACAGACAUUACCGUUAUGGCCCAAAUCUGGCCAUUCUCCUCCAUGGACCAAAUAUCUUUACUUAGACAUUAAAUGAUGAUUUUAACCCUACUCUCCUUUUUGAUGUAUCCCAUGAAUUGACAUUUUAACAGUGGAGAAAAAAUUCCUGGAACGAGGAGAGUUUAUUCAGUGCCUAAGAAAAUGUAGCACUCUCGAGCAGUCACCAGGUGACCAUCUGAGGUUUUAUGAGAGGAAUACCAGCAUAUGUAAAACUUGUGUAAGUUACAUUACAAAGUUACAGAAUCGUUUUUUCAUUCAACCAAGGCUGGCCUUACAUGAAGCUCAUAAAGAAAAAUGCUCUGUAAGAUUUGAAUUGACCAACAACCCUAAACUCUGCUUUCGACUGAAAAGUUGCGAACAAAUUCACUUGCAGUCUGUGAAUGCUAAGACAUGGGCCAGAAAGAAAGUCGCUCUGAAAAGAACGAGGUUUGUCUAUUGAUCAUGAUCGAAGUUGGACUUCUUAAAUAAAUAAAAUAAAUGGUAACCACUGUCCCUUGAAUGUUUAAGGGAGCAACAUAUUGCAUUUGAUUUUUGAAGAAAAUGUUUUCAAAAUUUUUUUUUUUUAAUGUUUUCACAUUGUGGUUUGACUAGAUGUCAAGAGAUGUUCUGAAAUAAGAUGGAGGUAUUAUCAUGUAUUGUGUUCAAUUUUUUUCCUGGGCUUUUUUCCCUACAUUUUUUUUUCAAAGCAUUCCAGCUAAUGGGCACAGUCUUUCAGACUGUAAUUUGUUCGAAUUGUGUUGUCCCACAGGUGUGUUUUUGCCGCAUAUGCAGCACUGAGAUUUCUUUGAGUCUGACGCGAUCUGUAAAUGUCUGAUGUAUGUUUUGAUCCAUAGGAAAUGGAGUUUUAUGAUGGAUUUCCAGCGAGGCCUUAGGCUGUGCAAGGAUCAUUGUGUACAGUCGUUUAACAUCACAAACCAUUUUUAUUUUGAUCUGAUUUGACCCUCAAACUGUUGUGAAGAAUUUGGAAGCACAAAAAGGCACUUUUAUAGAGUUUAUCAUUGUGUAUGUGUGUGAUUGUAUGCCCCCCAACCCCAUGUAUAUUUCAAUGAGAUUGUAAGUGUUGUAGUUAAGCGUAUUACUUGAUUCAGCUUGUCAAAGAAAGAUCUUAAAAUGUCUGAGAUUUUCUCAAUCAGCUAAAUUAGAAGUUUUCAGUCUUAUUUUACUCCACCUGGUUUUCUGGGUAAAAUACCACUAUGUACUAUUUACAAUGCUGAUAGAGAGGAAUCAUUUGUAUUAGUAUCAAAUUAAACAUUAGGGAAUCUUAUCUUUUGUGAUUGUAUCACAGCAAGCCACUGUGAUGUCUUACAGCUCAGCUAAACUUAAAAUUGGAGUCAGAUUGAGUCUCUUCACUGUGUAAGCAACACUGUGCUGUAAUCUCAGCCAUUUCAAAAACUGUAGAAACAAAAGAAACAAUUGAAAAUCUUGUUUUAUAUUUAAAACUGCAUUUGCCUUAAAUGUGAAUAAGAUACAUCACUGGUCCCAUAGUUCUUGUAGCGAAGACUGAACUGAAGUACUUUUCAAGACGAUACUGCGGCUUUCUGUUUCUCUCUUAAGUCUCUUUAUAUGGGCUUAAUGGAUGUUAAUGCAUCUGAAAGAGUCAUGAGGGAUGGGAAUGCAGGUAGUUUGACAAUGAAAGGACACAGUCCUCCAUCUCUGCGCAUGAUGCAGUCGCAGCUCGAGCGAGCAGUUUUUCAUGCUUAAUUUACAUGUUCUGUAUUUUCCUAUUCACCAAAGGUUUAACAGCUUUAUUGAGUUAUUUUCAUCAUUGUGUGGUACUUUUCUUCCUAUGGAGCUUUCAGCAGGUUUUGAAAUAAAGUAGCACGAUUAUGGAUCAAUGUUAUGUGUAAAAAACAUAUUUGACAGAAUCAAACUUGUACAACAAAGAAAUAAAAUCCCUUAAAUUCUC